AAUCACGUGGAGCUGAUGUGCAAAACACUGCAGGUGGAACACAAGCUGUUCUACUUCGAUCUGAAGGAGAAUCCCAGAGGUCGAUAUCUGAAGAUUUCAGAGAAGACAUCGGCUACAAGGUCAACGAUCAUUGUUCCUUUCUCUGGGAUUCCAUGGUUCUUAGAUCUCUUCAAUUACUAUAUCAAUUCUGAUGACCCGGAGGUUUUUAGCAAGGAAUUGCAGCUGGACACAAAGGUGUUUUACUUUGACAUUGGCGAGAAUAGGAGGGGUCGUUUCUUGAAGGUAUCUGAAGCUUCGGUUAGUAGAAACCGCAGCACCAUUAUCGUUCCUGCCGGAAGCACCCGGGAUGAGGGAUGGUCUGCAUUUCGAAACAUUUUGGCAGAGAUCAAUGAAGCAUCCAGACUUUUCAUACUGCCCAAUCAGGAAAAUUCUGAACAUUCAGAACGUCUUGUCGGACUUUCAGAUGAUGUAGGAGCAGGCUUCAUAUCAGGUCAUAGUAGUCAACCUGGUCCAACCUCUGACUUGAAUGUAGAUAGACAAGUAGACUUGUCAGCUCAAGAUGAAUUGGGGAAUCUGGGUGUUUCAAAAGUUAUCCGAGCUGAUCAAAAGAGAUUCUUUUUUGAUCUCGGAAGUAACAACCGGGGUCAUUUCUUGAGGAUUUCUGAGGUUGCAGGGGCAGAUCGAUCUUCAAUCAUUCUCCCAUUGUCGGGUCUUAAGCAGUUCUAUGAAAUAGUAGGACAUUUCGUGGAGAUCACCAAAGACAGGAUUGAAGGAAUGACAGGUGUGAAUGUUCGAACUGUGGAUCCGCCUCAGAGAUGAACUAUAUGGUUCCGCCCCAGGGGUCUGUGGUUAUUCCUUUUAGUGUUUGUGUAGAUCUACACGCACGCUUGUGUUCGAGUAGGGUUCAAAUUGUGCACCGUGUGGUUUGAUAUUUUCCUGUCUUGAUUUUCUAGUUCAAGUCUGAAUAAUCCAUCCUGCUAGAGAUUAGCAGAGGCUAUGGAAAAUGCUUGAGAAGCUUAAUUAUUCUUCUUCCAUGAAUAACAAAAGAGAGAGAGAGAGAGAGGGGAAAGAGAUAUGCUUGUAAUUGUUCACUUUAUAAUAAUGGUGAGUUCAGUGUGUUUUGUUCAUUUCA